GCAGUGAUGAACCUGUAACACGGCAUCGCCAAACACUUUGAGCAGUGUGAGGGGACGCGGGCUCAGCCGUCUGCAAUCCACUAUUUUGGGUUCAUACAUUGAUAGUGCAAGAUUUAGCGAUGCCAGAACCCCACCCGACGUCCUGAUGGCUGUGCAUGUCGACCACCGUUUGAAACAGCCUAGGCGCAACAAUCACCAGACAGCAGAAUUACCUUCUUCUGCCGCCUGCUCGAGCACCAAACCCAAUGGCGUGCCACCAGGACAUAGGGUCGGAUACCUGCAGUGUCAUCUCGACCCCAGACCCAUGGGCCGCGUCCAAAGUGAGGUUGUGGAAUCUGUGCGCUCCCCUCGAGUCCUCUGAAGCACCCAGCAGCACUCGAGGCCUUCGGCUCGGGUCACCCGACGCCUUUUGUGUUUCUAGCCUGUUCCUUGGUUCUUGUUGACACCAACUGGCUGCCUCUUUGCGCAGACGCUCCCGUGACCAUGGAUUCUGCUCGUCAACGUCGCCCGACUUCUCGGCCACGGAAUCCCUCGUGUGCUAGAUCGCAGCCAACAGCUCCAAGGACUUGGGAUGAGGCGCCAGUCACGGUAACGAUCCCGUCGUAUUCGAACAGACGUCACAUCACCGCCGCCCGGGAUGCCGCCUCAAGGAUGACACCGCAAGGCACAUGUACACCCGGUGCUUCUUUCAGCGGCAGCAGUCGGCUCCGGGCGCCAGAUUCUCAGGCUACGGCCCCACCAGCGGCAGCCAUGGAGGCGGUUGCUAGCAGCGACCGUGGUAAAGGAGCCAGGGCAGCUCCGUCGCCAAGUCCCGUCGCGGGCAAGUCUAAGCGAGUCCGCACGGGGUGCCUGACCUGCCGUGAACGUCAUCUCAAAUGCGACGAGGGAGCGCCCGAGUGCAGCAAAUGCCGGAGGAGCAAUCGCGAGUGCAGACGUGGGAUACGACUGAACUUCAUCGACAUCCAGGUCAGGGGCUCGCCUUGCCUACCUUCAACGGCUGACUGGUCAGUCCACAUCCUGGACGAGUCGCGGGUUAUUGCCUCCGAGUACCAAGGGGGACUCGGCCGCUACCCCAGCGUCACCGUGUCGCCCGAGGCGCACUCGGAAGUCAACGGCAGUGGAGAUCCGCCAGGUGGCUUGUAUCAUCCCAGCCAUGUCGGACACCCUCCACUUCUUGCGGCGGUAGCCUUUGCGGACGGCAGAUCGCUCCGGACGGCAAGCAUUCGGGGUUUAUCCGUGACUGCUCAAGCUGCACCUGGGUCGCCGUUGGGCGUUACCGAGUCUGCCGGACACUCUAGGUCGGGUCCUCUCAACGCCAGGAAUCCCGAUGAUCUGGGAGCCGCUUCACCUCCUGCCCAGAAUGCCGCGUCGCCAGCCCCGAACUUCCACGCCAGCGGUUCGCAUGACACCAGCCAGCACUUCGCUACCACAGCCAGCCUCAUGACGCCACCAAGCGAAGACAGCACCAGUGAACGGGACUACCUCAACACCGACGAAGAGAUUCACUUUAUGCAAGUUUUUGUCAACGAAGUUGCCAUCUGGAUGGACGCUUUGGACAAGGACAAGCACUUUACCAACGUGGUGCCAUAUCUGGCCCUCAAGCUGCCCAUGCUGCUCAAUGCGCUUUUGGCAUGCGGCGCUAGACACCUAACGCUGACAGGAGGACAUGACGGCGGAAAGGCAGAGUACUACUACGGCAUCGCCGCAGCACAGCUGUCACGCAGCCAGCAGGAAAGGGAUUGCAACCUCCCCCAGUGCACCCUGACGGCCGUUGUCCUCAACGCGUACGAUGUCAUGAGCGAGCCCACCCAGCGGACAGGUCGCAUUGCUCCUGCCCGCGCGCUUGUCCGCGACUGUGGCUGGGACGCAUCAUCGGCCGGUCUCGGGGCAGCUUGUUUCUGGCUCAAUGCUGGCAUGGACGUACUCGCCUGCCUCUCCUUCGGCUGGCCGACGGCGUGGGACCCGGAUGAAUGGGGACUCGACCUGGACUUCGCUAACAUGGGAGCUGAGCUCUGGGUGCACCGCAUCUUUUAUAUCCUGGCCAAGGUCGCCAACUUCCGCGUAAACACUCCCAGGUUCCAAGAGCCCUCGCCCCACGACGAGCAGGUCCGGCUUCAGAACCGAUUCGCCGAGUGGAGACGGCUCCAAAACAUGUGCAACGCCUGGAAUCUCAACUGCCCCCGCUCGAUGCGGCCGUACGGCUACUCCCCGGGCCCCUCGUCCAAGUCCCUGUUUCCCAACGUGUGGUACGUCUCAAGUCAAGCCUACCUUACCUUCCCAUUUUCACCUUUUCCAUCCUACAUUCACGGCCACUGA